CAGUAUCGUCGUGUCCAUCGAGGGAGUCGGUUCGUGACGAGUUUGGUAUUUCUUGAACGGAACAAAAGUUUGGAACAACUCAAUUUAUGACGAAAAUUCGAUUCAAUUCGUGAGAAGAUUGAUCGUAUAUAAUUUGUUUUCAUUGUUGUAUUUGUAAAAAUUUACCUGUAACAUAAUGAUAGUACCGCGUUCCUUCAACGACAAGGGCUAGCCUUGCCCUUGAAACGGCAGCCGGAGUUUCGAGUGGCCGAUACAGCGUAACGCGCACGACGACGUUCCAACCAGCUGUGCUCCGGAAUCGCGAAUCGCGUGUGUGUUGUGUUCGACGUUUUUUCUUGUUUAUCUUUUUACGUGCGAGUUUCUCCUUAUACUUGUCUUCUAUAUUCAUUCACAUUACCGUGAUUCGUGACAAAAGAAGACAGUCGUUGCCGGUUUCUUACGUAUUGCUUUUGUUGGGCUUGUUUAGUGUUUAUUGGUGAGAAUCUACCGGGACGAUAGGAACAAAGGGACGGAGCCAACAGUUGUGAAAGGGCAACAGAGACAGAUAGAGUGAGAGAGAGAUAUCGUGGUGUAUCGAUCGAGAGUGGAGCUCGCAGUUGACGUCACAAAAUCCAGAGGGAAUUAGAGCGUGCACCGCGGGACCAGUUGAAAUACGAAAAAGAAAAGAGAAAAGGAAGAGAUUCGUCGAGAGAUUGACACGAAACCGGAAAGAGAAGAAAGCGGAGAGAAACCAAAAGGAAGAGUGGAAAUUCGACCAAGAGAACAGGUGUACCGACGGAGGGCAUAGAAUGCAGCGAUACGAAGCGCGGUGCUCGUCCGCGACGAGGCGAUGAGAAGGCUGAAUGGAGGCCGAGGAAGCCUCAGAGCCCCCUGGGGCUCCGACGAAUCUUCCCUCAGAGAAGCGCAACAAGAUGAACCGUAGUCGCACACCGCAUUCAUUCUAAAUCAUCAACUAAUCCUUUGCAACUUGUACAAAAUUGCAAUUAAAAUAUAAACAAUUAAUAUUGUCAACCAACGAAAUCAAUCAAAACUCUCGAUCCAUCUUGGAGAACGAUUUUGAGAAGAAAAUACGCGCUUUUACAUAUCUGAACAGGGCGAUCGAUCAUUAGUUUAGAAAAAUUCAAACAACAGAGCUGUUCACGAACACGGCCUCUGAUAUAUUUCCUAUCCAGACGCACAAAUCACUUCGAACCAGGGAAUAUGUGUUUGAUAUGAACGUAAAUCUGAAAGAAAAAUCUAUUAGCCAAGAGUUCUGAGCAACGAAGUGUAAUUAGGAUCGUUUGGUUUAACUCUUAUUAAAUAAGAAAGAAACAAAAAUCAUUUGGAAAGAUGGCUGCACCGGUGAUAGAGAAGAAACGAUUCUUCUGCCGCGAAUGGGCGUUCACCAAAUUGUCCCAUUGCUUGGAGCAAAGGCCAGCCUCGAAAACUUGCGGUGUUCUGGUCGUCGGUGGUCCAGGAAGCGGAAAAACUGCGUUCAGUGCGGAAUUAGCUUGGCCGUCGGCCGGUGCCAAUGCCAGACAUCAGAGAUCUUUGAACAGGAGAUUAUUGGCCAGGCACUUUUGCCAAGCUAGGAGCGAGGCAUCCUUGUCACCAGCACAAUUCGUCAGAUCUCUGGUUGCUCAGCUUCUGCAACCCGGUUCGGAUGGAAUUCACAGGGUGUCUUCGAGCUCUCCAAUACCAGGAAGCACAACUACCACCAAUGCCACAACGGUACCAUUAACAUCGAGGGAAAUGGUGGCAGAAGCAUACGCGGAAAAGCUUAGAACCGACCCAGAAAUACAGGCCGCCCUGCAACCAGAUGUUCUUGACAGAGACCCCGACGACGCUUUAAAGAAGGCACUACUGUUUCCUCUGCUCGAGUUGGAACCACCAAAAAAUUGUCUGUUUCUGUUAGUCGAUUCCAUCGACGAGGGGCAAACUUUGGAUCUCCCACAGACCGGUACCAGAGACUCAAGAAGGGAAAAUGAUAACGUCAGUAGAACGAUUGCCGAAUUGUUGGCUAAUCAUCAUCACCUGUUCCCUCAAUGGUUGCUGUUGGUUUGUACCGCUCGGCGUCAGAGCAAACCGAUCUCGAGGAUGUUCAGCGGCUUCCGGAAAAUCCCUUUGGAUGAUUUAAGGAAAUCGUUAGUGGUCAGAGACAUUCAACAGUAUAUUCUCGCUCGGUUGGAUCAAGAAGAUGCGCUCAGGCAGCACAUCUCGCGCGACACAGCCGAGAUGCUAAACCAGCUGCACAUCAAGAGCAACGGCUGUUUCCUGUACCUGGAGAAAGUUCUGGACGGCGUGGCCGAGAACUUUAUCGUGCUACGCGAGGUUCGCGAGAUACCAGGAACCCUGAACGGUCUCUACCUAUGGCUGUGUCAAAGACUCUUCAGUAGAAAGCAAUUUGCCAAAGUUCAACCUUUGCUAAACGUGAUACUGGCCGCGAAACUACCAAUCACGCAGGAGAUACUCUACAAAUGCGUAAAAACGGCAUGCACGAGUAUCACCAUAGAAGACUUCAACAGGCGUUUGCACCUUUUGCGCAGAGUCAUCUCUGUCUCCCGUGCAGGAGCGUUGAUGUUAUUCCAUCAUAGUUUCGCAGAAUGGUUGCUGGACGUGAAACAUUGCACGCAGAAAUAUUUAUGUUCCGCUAUUGAGGGUCACGCAAUGUUGGCCGCUUAUUAUACCCUUCGUGGGCCGGAAUUAAACGCCGACGAGAUCUGCGUGUUAGGACAACAUCUGCAACGAGCCAUAACGAGUAUAGCUACCACAAAUUGUAACCUGGAUGUGCACACGCUUCAAGUGGUCUGGAUGGUGGGCAGUGGAGCACCUAUAGAAGACUGUUACCUGGACAGUUCUGAAUGCAUUCUUUGGCCCAGGCAAGAGGUGAAGUUGUUGAAGUUGUUGAUCGAUGCCGGAGCCAAACCAUCCGAGAAAAUUGUCGAAGACGAUGCCAAUAAGGAUGCUGUCUCUUCUAGUCAAGUCUCGCAAGAUGUAAGCCCUAUGGAUGAAUCUCCCAGCGAACCAUUAACGGAACUACUCGGCGAAAGCGGGGACAUCAAUCAAGCUGAUUCUUGCGGACGAACAGUACUGCACACGCUUGCUGCAGAUGGUAAUGCAUCUCUGCUGGAGCUGGCUCUAGCGACGUGUCCACAGGCAAAGUUGGAAGCUACUGAUCGUCACGGUCAAACACCUUUGAAUCUUGCUGCCAGGCAUGGUUAUGCGGAUGUGGUACGAGUUCUGUUGGCUGCUGGGGCUUGUGCGGAUCAUGCAGACUGCGAUGGAUGGACAGCCCUCAGGGCUGCUGCCUGGGGUGGACAUACUCAGGUAGUCGAAAUGCUGCUGGAACACGGGGCAAUGGUGGAUUGCGCCGAUUGGGAUCAACGAACCGCGCUCAGAGCAGCCGCUUGGGGUGGCCACGAGGACAUCGUUAAAGCGCUUCUACAGCACGGCGCCGACGUGAACAGAACAGAUGACGAGGGUAGAACCGCCUUAAUUGCCGCUGCUUACAUGGGUCACAGCGAGAUCGUCGAACAUCUUCUAGACUUCGGCGCGGAGAUCGAUCACGCCGAUAACGAUGGAAGGACUGCACUCAGCGUUGCUGCCCUCUGUGUCCCUUCCAAUCAUGGCUAUGCAAAAGUAGUUACGAUUCUAUUGGAAAGAGGAGCUGCAGUCGAUCAUCAGGAUAAGGAUGGUAUGACACCAUUGUUAGUGGCUGCAUUCGAAGGACACAGAGACGUUUGUGAAUUAUUGUUGGAAUACGAGGCAGAUGUAGAUCAUUGCGAUGCUACGGGUCGCACACCUUUGUGGGCAGCUGCUAGUAUGGGCCAUGGAUCAGUAGUUGCUCUUCUCUUAUUUUGGGGAUGUUACGUUGAUAGCAUUGAUAACGAGGGCAGAACAGUUUUGAGCGUGGCUGCUGCUCAAGGUGGCACAGAUGUAGUGAAACAAUUAUUAGAUCGAGGCUUAGACGAGCAACAUAGAGACAAUUCAGGUUGGACACCCUUACAUUAUGCAGCAUUCGAAGGUCACAUCGACGUUUGCGAAGCACUACUAGAAGCAGGAGCCAAAAUUGAUGAAACUGACAAUGAUGGAAAAGGUGCACUAAUGUUGGCUGCACAAGAAGGACAUGCUGCAUUAGUUGAAAGACUGUUAGAACAGCAUGGAGCGCCAAUCGAUCAACAUGCUCAUGAUGGAAAAACUGCUCUCAGACUUGCAGCUUUGGAAGGUCAUUACGAUACUGUCAGAGUGCUAUUAGCUCAUAAUGCAGAUGUGAAUGCAAAAGAUGCUGAUGGAAGAAGCACUCUUUAUAUUCUUGCUCUAGAGAACAGAUUGGCAAUGGCACGAUUUUUGUUGGAGCAUGCCCGAGCAGAUGUGGAAAGCAGGGAUUCAGAAGGACGAACUCCUCUGCAUGUAAGUGCUUGGCAGGGACAUGUCGAAAUGGUAGCUUUGUUAUUAACAGAAGGUAGUGCCAGUGUAAAUGCUUGUGACAAUGAGAAUAGAACUCCUUUACAUUCUGCAGCCUGGCAAGGUCAUGCAGCCAUUGUCAGAUUGCUCCUUGAACAUGGAGCAACUCCUGAUCAUACUUGUAACCAAGGAGCAACAGCUUUAGGUAUCGCCGCACAAGAAGGUCAUGAACAUUGCGUACGAGCACUCUUAAAUCACGGUGCUGAUCCCAGCCACUCUGAUCAUUGUGGUCGAAAUGCUAUCAAAGUGGCUGCCAAAAGCGGCCAUGACACGGUAGUAAGACUGCUCGAAGAAUAUUCGGCUAAUCAACGAAGUUUAAGGCCUGGCAUCAAUGGAGGCGGAAGUAGUAGUGCUACUUCAGUAACAUCAAAUUCGACAGCAGAAACAAAACCAUCAUCCGCAAUUUUGAAUCCCCUUUCAACUCAAUAUAGUCCGGCAGAAUCGCCGGAUUCGACAAAAAGAAGAAGCUGCGUGUCUCUGGGAAAUAAUUCCAGCAACAGCAAAUCUAGUAGCAACCUGACCGGUAGCACGAAAAGUGAUCAAGGGAAAUUUAAUCAGAAUUCGAUGGUGAAUCAGGUAAUAAAAGUUGUAUUCUCAGAAACAUCUCGGCGAGAUACUGGAAUCCGUUAUUGCGGCUGGCGAAUCGUAAUCACCAAAAAGCGGAAGUCAAUAAAUAAAUUUUUCUCUUUUUAUUUGAGCAAAAUCAAAUUACCUCACAUGAAAAAAUAGAUUUAAAAAAUAAUAAGAAUUUCAGUCAAAAGGAAAAUAAUAAAAACAAAAAUUGCGUAAUAAAAUAAAAUAAAAAAAAACCAAAUAUUAAACAGUAUAGAAAAAUAUGUAGAUCUAGAUAUGUAAACUUUACGAAACGUGACUUUGUAUAAAUGUAACGUUAAUAAAAUUCUUUAUUGAUCUCAUAUACUUCAUAUAAACGAAAAAAAAA